UUGCCGCUUCAUGUUAGGUGGCUUGAGUGAAGGAAAUCAAAGGGGGUUAUUUUCUUUUGUUGGAAUUAAAAGGGUUUGGGGGGGUUGUGUGAUUUCAAAGUAUUGAUAUCGUUAGCAAAUUAUUACUCUACAUUUAGCCAACGGAAAGUAUGAGUGGAGGCGUUUAUGGAGGAGAUGAGGUUGGAGCCCUGGUGUUUGAUAUUGGAUCAUACACAGUGAGGGCGGGCUAUGCCGGAGAAGACUGUCCUAAGGCCGACUUCCCCACGGUGAUCGGAGUUACCCUGGACCGGGAAGAUGGCAGCGUUCCUAUGGAGACGGACGGAGAAAAGAGCAAACAAAGUGGAACCACCUACUACAUCGACACCAACCAGCUUAGGGUGGCGCGGGAAAACAUGGAGGUCAUGUCCCCCUUGAAGAAUGGAAUGAUUGAGGAUUGGGACAGCUUCCAGGCCAUCUUGGAUCACACCUACAAGAUGCACUUCAAGUCUGAGCCCAGCCUGCACCCUGUGCUCAUGUCAGAGGCGUCUUGGAAUACGAGAGCCAAGAGGGAGAAGUUGACGGAACUGAUGUUCGAGCAUUACAACAUCCCGGCGUUCUUCCUGUGCAAGACCGCCGUCCUCUCAUCCUUUGCCAACGGGCGAUCAACCGGCCUGGUGUUAGACAGCGGAGCCACACAUACAACGGCCAUCCCAGUGCAUGAUGGGUAUGUUCUGCAGCAAGGCAUUGUGAAGUCCCCUCUGGCGGGCGACUUCAUGAGCAUGCAGUGCCGAGAGCUGUUCCAGGAGCUGAGCGUGGAGAUCGUGCCGCCCUACAUGAUCGCCUCAAAGGUGAGACCUGCCAAAGAAGCGGUGCGCGAAGGCGCCACGCCCAACUGGAAGAAGAAGGAGAAGCUACCUCAGGUCACCCGCUCGUGGCAUAACUACAUGUGCAACACUGUGAUCCAGGACUUCCAGGCGUCGGUUCUCCAGGUCUCGGAUUCGCCAUAUGAUGAACAGGUGGCUGCGCAGAUGCCCACGGUUCACUACGAGCUGCCCAACGGCUACAACUGCGACUUCGGGGCCGAGAGGCUGAAGAUCCCCGAGGGGCUGUUCGACCCGUCCAACGCCAAGGGUCUGUCGGGGAACACCAUGCUGGGGGUGGGUCAUGUGGUCACCACCAGCGUGGGGAUGUGCGACAUCGAUAUCCGCCCGGGUCUGUACGGCAGUGUGGUCGUCACCGGAGGGAACACGCUGAUCCAGGGAUUCACGGACCGGCUCAACAGAGAGCUGUCCCAGAAGACCCCGCCCAGCAUGCGUCUGAAGCUGAUCGCCAACAACACCACGGUGGAGCGUCGGUUCAGCGCCUGGAUCGGGGGCUCCAUCCUGGCAUCGCUGGGAACCUUCCAGCAGAUGUGGAUUUCCAAGCAGGAGUACGAGGAGGGCGGAAAACAGUGCGUAGACAGGAAGUGUCCUUAACCGAGCACGACACCUCACUUCCUUUAGCACCCGAAAUAUCUCGCUUCAGUCUAGCCUUUCCAGUGGACUCAGGAACACCCGAGGAUAUUACUUUCUGUAGGGUUUCUUUCUUUUUUGUUUGUUUGUUGUUCGUUUUUAAACCAGUUUAAACGGCAAAUGAAAGCUUGCUUCCUUUGUACCUCUGUAAGUAGAAAACAUUUGUGGUGAACCACAGUCGGCCAACUCCUAGUUUUCUGGUGAUUUUUUCCUAUGAAGUCGCGUGAAUGUGGUUAAUGUUCUAUUGAACCUUCAGCUUUGUUAUUUUUGAUAGAACAUUUUCUAAUUCUAUUUUGAUAUCAAAAUUGUUAGCAGGAAAUUAUUAUUUUUCAAGCAAGUUUUGUUUUAACUAAUGGAUCUUGCCCCAAGGUCCAUCGGGGGUAUUCACUUAAUAGUUGUCUGUUAUGUCUGGCAAUUUCCUCCACUGCUGUUUGCAACAGUUGAUUGGAAUCACUGCAAUGGUUUCUCCUGAUGCCUUCCAGUGUGACGAAAAACACUGAAAGUCGCUCGCUGAAAAUGUUAAUUCCGUAUUUUAUUAGCUGUAAAACAAGUUGAGAGGCCAUGGGCUGUCUUCAGACAAAGCCGUUUUAAGUGAUUCUUUUUGUUAUUAAAAAUGCCUAUCUUGGUGCAAAUGUGUAUGACUGACUGUACUUUGGUAUUCAGAAAUUAGUAGCCACGGGAAAUUUUAAGUCACUAUUUUCAACAAUACAGCAAUAAAAUUACAUUUACCAAUUCA